AUGGAUGAGUGUGAUCCUGACUGGGCACUAUACUUAUAUCUGGGGCCCACAGAGGUGAAGGCCUCAUCGAGUGACCUUGGCCAGCUUGAACGCAGAAGUAGGAGACAGCAAGCGGCUGAGCUACUGAGCAACGCUGACCCUUCAACAACACCAGAUGUGAAGGUGGAGGAGGUGGAUGAUGCAGCCCAGCCCACAGAUGAAGGUUUACAGGGGCAGCAUGUGGAUGCUGCUUCUCUACCAGGUGUUGUGGCCCCACUGCGUGCUGAAAUCAAUUGCUUGUUGGAGGAGAACAAGUCACUGAAGGAAACACUCUCUCAAAUGCAGAUGGACAACACUGGAGAACAGCAGGAAUGCAGUUUUUGUAGUAGUCAGCGUGAUGAAAUUAACCGCUUGUUGGAGGACAACAGGAAACUGACAGAAAAGCUCUCUAAAUGUUGCAUGAAUUACAAGUUCUUGGAAAACAAUGACAAGAAGGUUAAUGACUACACUGGGCUUCCAAGCUAUGAAUUGUUGUCAGCUGUGUUGACUCACAUGCUUACUCUGCUACUACAGAAAGGCCACAAAAUGUGUCCUUUUCAGAUGCUCCUUCUUACCCUCAUGCGCCUCACGCUGAAUCUUCCAAGACAGCACCUUGCACACAUAUUUGGCAUAAGCAUGUCAACAGUGUCCACCGUAUUCUUAAACACCAUAUCUGCCCUUUACACAAAGCCCGGUGCCUUUGUGAACUGGCCGGAGAGAGAUGCGUUGGUCCUCACUAUGCCUCAUCAAUUUGUGGAGGCAUUUGGUAAGAAGGUAGCAGUGAUUAUUAACUGCUUUGAGAUUUUGAUAGAGAGGCCAUCCAACCACAAAGCUAAAGCAGAGACAUUCUCCAACUACAAACACUCUAACACCAUGAAAUACCUCAUUGGCAUUACACCAAACGGAGCCAUCUCUUUCAUUUCCAAAGGGUGGGAAGGACGCACCACUGACAAGACAGUGACUGAGCAAUGUGGCAUUAUUGAUAAACUGCUGCCUGGGGAGUUGGUGUUGGCUGAUCAUGGAUUUGACAUUACAGAAAGUGUAGGUUUUGUGUGUACUGAAGUAAAAACAGCUGCAUUCAGGGGAAAACACAGUCAGCUGAAAGCUCGUGAUGUGGAAAAAAUAAAAAUAAAGACAUCAUUGUAUACUCUGGGAAUUUAA